AUGGGGGAGGUGGCUCCCCCGCCCAAGGCCGUGACGGCAGGGACAGACCCCGAGCUCGGCAUCACCUAUGCCCCUGAGAGCUCGGGGUCGAUCCCCAGCAAGACCGCUGCGAACCCGCCACGGCGGUGGAAGAAGUGGCAGAUCUAUGCGGUCAACGGGCUCGCGCUCGCUGCUUGCUUGUCCGCCGCCAUCGCCUUGGCCAUAAGCGAAAAGAUCAACUCGGAUGUGAGCAUCCCGGAACAAAUAUAUGUUGAAAGCGUUUGCGGACCACAGAGAGCUCUAACACCAGGCGCGCCGGACGAUUGCCUGCAGAUGAGCCUCGACGGGCCAAUGGUGGACCUUAAUUAUACAACCUAUGUUGGCACCACUCGGAAGAGCGGCAUCAAUGUCUUCUUGGGGAUGCGCUAUGCCGAACCACCAUUGGGCCAGUUGAGGUGGAGGGCUCCGAUAGAGCCAAGCGGUGAUAGGGACGGUCCUGUUGCUAGGGCCAAAGCAUUUGGCCCCAUUUGUCUUGCAACUGAUGCAGCCUUUCCGAAUGACCAGCAAUCCGAGGAUUGUCUCUUUGUCAACGUCUGGGCCCCUGACAAUGCCACAGAAAACUCCAAGCUCCCCGUCUGGCUAUUCAUCCAGGGAGGAGGUUACACCUCGAACUCAAAUGCCAACUGGGACGGCGAGGAGGUCGUGAAGCGGAGCAACAAUAGCAUAGUCUUUGUCAAUUUCAACUACCGAGUCGGCCUCUUUGGCUUCCUUGCCAGCGACCAGGUCAAGAAGGAUGGCGAGCUGAACGUGGGACUGCUUGACCAGCGGUUGAUGAUGAAGUGGAUCCGAAAGCAUAUUUCCAAGUUUGGGGGGGAUCCCGACCACGUCGUUAUUUCGGGCCUCUCGGCAGGCGCCGGAUCGGUUGCGCUCCAGCUGGCCGCGUAUGGCGGUCGCGACGAUAAGCUGUUUACUGGUGCCAUCGUGGAAUCCAUGUUCUUCCCCGCCCAGCCAUAUCUUUCCGAGCUUGAGUGGCAGUUUGACCGCCUGGUUAAGGGCGUCGGUUGCGACGGCGUGUUGGACCAAAAGAUGGCCUGCCUCAGAGAGAAGAGCACAAUGGCUCUCCAGGCGGCUAACAAGGCGUCGCCUUUCCCGGGGAGGACCCAGCCUCCGCUGCCCCUCUUCUACUGGACGCCGUGUAUCGAUGGCGAUCUGAUCAGGAAGCUACCGUACGACAUGUUUGGUGAGGGAAAGACCAUAGAUGUUCCCCUGAUGAUUGGAGCAACUACCAACGAGGGGUCUGUCUUUGCCGCAAACGCCGAGACAAAAGAUGAAAUGUUUCAGUUCCUGAACAACAACUACCCCGGGCUGCGGGAGCGGGACCUGGAUGACAUUGGAGACCGCUACCCGCUAAUGUCCUCGCUGCCCCAGCACAGGCCAUGGUUCCCAUCGACGUCCAAGGCCUACGGUGAAGCAACAUUUAUCUGCCCCACGGUCAAUGUGCUGGACGACGUGUCGUCCAAUUUUCCCAACAGCAGGAACAAAACCUGGGCUUAUCGGUACAACGUCCAAGAUCAAGAUGCCUUGUCCCUUGGCCUUGGUGUUCAGCACACGGCCGAGGUCGGCGCCGUGUUUGGUCCGGACAGCGUCCUCGGCCAGGCACCGGCCAGCUACAAAACGUACAAUGCUCCGAUCGUACCCGUCGUCAUGGAUUACUGGAUAUCUUUUGUCAAGACGCUGUCGCCAAACGCACUCAAGAAUGCCGACGCGCCGAUUUGGGCACCGUAUGCAAGCAGGUCUGGCGCAAACAGUUCGGACGCCACGAACGGCACACUGGGGGGCAAUAGCCACGCAAGGCUAAUCUUGGAGACGAAUAAUACACGCAUGGAGCAGGUUCCUUCGGAUGAACUCAGCAGAUGCCAGUUCUGGAAGUCUCUGAAGGAUCGCACGCAGCAAAAGCUCUAA